UUUAACCUUAAAAAUCAAAAUAAAAACAUUGAAUUUUGCUGAAUUAAAAUAAAAGUUAAUUAUAAUAAGAUUUCAACAUGACAGCACGAUCCAAAAGUAAGCGACAGGCUAAUCGUAAGUUAAAAAGUGUCAAAAACAAAUCAAAACAGAAGGAAUUGAAGAAAUUACAGAAAAUUGUAUCUUGUGGAAAGGAUAUAAUGGAAGUAUGCUCAGAAGUUGUGGAUGAAAAAAAAUUGCAGGAAAUUAAAGAGAAACAAUUAGAAGCAACUCUGAAGAAAGAGUUUAUUGAGGAACAGAAGGAGAAAUUGGAAACAUCAACAUCCAAGAAAGCCACAAAAAAGAAGAGGAAGGGUAAAAUCAUGAAGAUCAAAAAUGACAACACAGGAAAACUCCAUGAAUUUGACACAAAGACGUUAAAAGAUCAGUAUGGCUCCUACCCUCCUUGGCUUAAUGUAGGCAAUCACAAACGAAAGAUCAAGAAACGGAAGUCGGCUGUACAAAAGGGUCUAUUUAAUUUGGGAUCUGUAUUGUAAAUUAAGAAUUAAGGCUGUCAAUAAAAAUAUGUUAUGAAUUCUGAUAAUUAA